UCCGAACCAUUUGCAACCCAUUGAUUUUAGCCUUUUCGGUGAGUGUGGCUUAUCGGAUUUGUGUUAAGCCGCGAAGAACCCAGCGAAAACUCCUAGCGUUUCCGCUCCAGCAAUCUCACUCGCUGAUUCCGCAACUGCAACUGCAACUGCAACCCAACUUAAGCAAUCAUUGACAGUUCAUAACUGCAUAGACAACCGCCAAUGGGGCGUAAUUUGUCUAAUCAUUCACAAUCUCCAGUUAGAGGUCGGGGCUCUCCUCAUAGGAAGAGCCCAUCUCGAAGAGAAAGGUCACCUGCACGGCACCGUAGCUCCCACAGGGAUGGUUCUCCACCAAGAGAGAAACGUUCAAGUCAUGCUAAAUCUCCAAAGCGUCAGAUAUCUCACUCUCCUUCUCCUCCUGCAUGGCGUAGGAGCUCCCAAAGAGAGAGCCCUCCACAGGCAAGGGAGAAAAUUUCUAGUCAAAAGUCUCGAUCUCCUUCUCCCAGGACAAAACGCUUGAAGAAGGCUCAAGCUGAGAAAGAGGUUGAGACACUGAGGGACCGUGAAGGGAAUCAUGGCAAGGGAGAUGAUAAAGGUUCGCGAAGGGAAAGAGAGACAGAGAAGUUGUCUGAGAGAGAACAUGAGAAGAGUCAUGGCAGGGGAAAUGAUAAAGGAAAACAUAGAGAAAGAGAGGCUGACAAAGUGGCAGAUAGAGAAUAUGAAAGGAAUCAUAGUAAGGGUAGUGACAAGAAAACACAAAGAGAUAGAGAUGCUGACAGGGAAAAUGGAGCUGAGAGAACGGAAAGAAGGUCAGGGAGAGAUGCAACUGAUAGCAAGUCUCUUAGAGCCAGAAAUGGCCGAUCGAUCUCUCCAUCAGAUCACCAUCACAGGAGCAAGCAUAAAUCACGAUCGCCACAACGAGAUGCCUACAAGAGAGAACGUGACGAGGUGACAAAUUCAAGAGGAACAGAAAGGCGGAAUGAUAAUGAUGAUCCAGUGGCUAAGAUGAAGGCAGCUGAGGAGGCUUUGGAAGCAAAGCAAAAGCAACAACCUUCAUUCGAGCUAUCUGGAAAACUUGCCGCAGAAACCAAUAGAUUUAGAGGUGUUACACUACUAUUCAAUGAGCCUCCAGAUGCUCGCAAACCUGAUGUAAGAUGGCGGCUCUAUGUGUUUAAGAAUGGAGAAGUUCUGAAUGAGCCUCUUUACAUACAUCGCCAGAGCUGUUACCUUUUUGGGAGAGAAAGAAGGGUUGCAGAUAUUCCUACAGACCACCCAUCUUGUAGCAAGCAACAUGCAGUCAUUCAAUUUCGGCAAAUAGAAAAGGAGCAGCCUGAUGGUACCUUAUCUAAGCAAGUGAGGGUAUUCAGGAUGAAUUCUGAUUAAUGAAUCAAGGAUGUAGCAAGUUUAUAACAAACAUGUGCUCUGAACCCAAAACAAGAAGAGCAAACUUCAAGGUGUUCAUACUGGUAAAAUGGUACUGGAUUUGCAUCAUCUGUUAAUACAUUAUAUUUACAGGCAGAAUAUAAUGGAUGAGUACAGUUGAGAUGAAAAGUUGUUGUUGCUAGUACUACAUAUUUGCUAUGACUUGCUUGCAACUCUGUAAGAAGAUAAUGGAAAUUUAUUAUGAAAUUUUUUUUUGGGGAAAAGAAAAUUGUUGAGUAUGAUUGCUGACAGAAAGAGAGACGGUCACUCUCAGCUUUCUUUAUUUCACUUUCAUACGGCAUGAAUGAUGACCAUAUGGUUAUUUCACGUUGCAAUAUUUAUUUAUUUUGCUAAUACAAAUGGUGUUAUGAGCACAAAGUAGUUAUUCUUGUCACUUCAUCUGCUAAUGAGAUUUCGAGUUCUUGUUAUGGAUCUCAAAUUUUAGAGGUUAAUCUCCUUAUCAAUUUAGUUUUCUAGUCAAGAUGAUUCAUUUAGAACUUGCUUAUAUCAACAUUAAAUGUUCAGUGAUUUGUGUUGUUUUUUUGUUUUUUUUUUCUCUCUCUCUCAUGUUUCUUUUGAUCGUCACUGUUUCUUUUUUUUUUCCCCCCCUUAUUUUA